AUGGACAUGAAAAUUUGUGAACAGACUGUAUGUAUGCAUUCGUUACGUUGCUUUUCAGAGAAACCAUCGGUGACAGUGAAUUGUUCUAACCUCAUCACGGUACAUCAAGGUGAUAGCAUCACGUGCGUAUGUAGAGGUGAAGGAGGAAUCCCAGCUGCCAGUGUAACGUGGUAUAAAAACCAAACACAGGUUGGUGAAACGGGAACAGAACAAGAAACACUAGUUCUCGCCAAUCUUGAUGUAUCUGACAGCGGAUCGUAUAAGUGUGUAGCACAAAGUGACCAAUUAAGAGAUGAAAAAUCAAUCGAAGUUGUUGUUUAUGGUGAAAUUGCGUCAGUCAGGUUGAAAGGACCAUUAAGUGAAAGUGGAAUCGGCCGUGUUGAAAUAUUGCACAAUGGAGAAUGGGGGACAAUCUGUGAUGAUGGCUGGGAUUUAAAUGAUGCCAAGGUUGUAUGUCGUCAACUUGGUUACCUAGAUGCUGUUAGAUCUCUUCGUGGGUACAUGGCUCCUUCUGGUGAUGGCCAGAUAUGGCUGGAUGAAGUGGGUUGUACCGGAAGAGAAUCAAGUUUGACCAACUGUUCGUAUACCGGAUGGGGAAAGAGUAUUGACUGUCAGCAUUCUGACGAUGCCGGAGUAGAAUGUACCAAUGAAGUGAAUACUCCACCGGUGAGGCUAAAAGGACCAUUGAGUGAGGAUGGUACAGGUCGUGUUGAAGUGUUUUUUAAUGGCGAAUGGGGGACAAUUUGCGAUGAUACAUGGAACACAAAAAAUGCCAGGGUUGUAUGUCGUCAACUGGGUUACCCAGACGCCGCCAGAACUCUAGCAAGAAGCCAGGUAUCACCUGGUUCCGGACCGAUAUGGUUAGAUAACGUCGUGUGUACAGGAAGAGAAAAAAGUUUGGACAACUGUCAACGUGGAGCUAUUACUGUACCAAUCAGGUUACGGGGACCAUCGAGCAAAAAUGGUAUUGGUCGAGUGGAAUUACUCAACAAUGGAACCUGGGGAACAAUUUGUGAUAAUGGAUGGGAUUUGCGAGACGCUAGGGUCGUAUGUCGUCAACUUGGCUAUAUGGAUGCUGUUAGAGUUCUGCCACAAGGCGAGGUUCAUUUCGAUAAUAGACACAUAUGGCUAGAGGAUGUCGAUUGUACAGGAAUAGAACGUAGUUUGGCAAAUUGUUCUUAUGUCGGGUGGGGAAAUAGCCGUUGCCAAGAUUAUGAAGAUGCUGGGGUUGAAUGUACGAGAAGAGCGAUAACCGCCUCGUUAAGGUUAAAAGGGCCAUUCAGUGAGAACGGUACUGGUCGUGUUGAAGUGUACUACAAUGGAACCUGGGGAACAAUCUGUGAUGAUGAAUGGGAUACAAAAGAUGCUAGGGUUGUAUGUCAUCAACUUGGUUAUGAAGAUGCUAUUCGUGCUCUUCAUGAGAACCAGGUUCCAUCUGGUUCUGGAAAGAUGUGGCUAGAUGAAGUAGAUUGUACUGGAAAAGAGCAAAACAUUGCAGAUUGCUCUCACAUCGGAUGGGGCAGCACGGAUUGCGGGUCUCACGAAAAUGCAGGAGUUGAAUGCUCUUCAACAGCAAUAACCGUGUCUCUCAGAAUACAAGGGCCGUCAAGUGCCAACGGUACUGGGCGUAUUGAAGUGCUCUACAAUGGACAAUGGGGAACAAUCUGUGAUGAUGGAUGGGAUAUAAAGGAUGCUCGGGUUGUGUGUCGUCAACUUGGUUAUCCUGAUGCUUUUAAGUCCUUACAAGGAAAUGAAGUUAUUUCUGGCUCGGGACCAAUAUGGCUCACUGAGGUUGAUUGUACGGGAGGAGAGGAAAAUUUAACUCAAUGUUCAAAUGCUGGGUGGGGAAAUAGUAAUUGCGCACAUUCCGAAGACGCCGGAGUUCAAUGUGCUACAACAGAGGUGAAGGAGGGAUUCCUUCUGCCAGUGUGA